AUGGAGGUGGAGGAGGAGGAAAAACGCUCUCCAAACUAUCGUGGGGGAGCGUGUGUCUCCGAGAUCAUCUUUGAUCGCGUACCUAUUGCGUUACGCGGCGAUCUCGAACAUGAGCGGGACAGGCGUCUCCAAAUGGCGGACACUGUCUCGAAGCAUCGAGCUGAGUUUGCCUUUGCUCAGCUUGAGAACUAG